UGCCGAGGACGGCCGAGCGCUGCCGAGCGUGGCGCGUCAGGUCCGAGUCCCAAGCUUCGUAUCACUAGUACCCGCAAUGCUCACGAGAAGGCACUGACGAUUGAAAAGGCGAUAGACGUGCGUGUGUUUGUCACGGCUGCUGACGCACGAUCGGUAUACACAACGCCGCCGUGACGCGACGUCGACGUACCGUAAUCGCGUGUAGCCGCAGCAACGAACGUUCCGAUUUUCGCGACUGUUUCACCGGGACGUGUUUCACUUGCCCAUCCAGACUUUUGUCAAUCACAAACGUCACGGUUCCACGUGGACGGCUUGCGUGCGCCUGUUAUCAGAUCCCCGUGCAUCGAUGGGUCUCAGUAACUUCACUGGAAUGCAAUCGAUCCGGUUGAGGCCCUCUUCGAUCUGACAGAUCGCCAUGCCACGAUGAAUGCCACGGACAGCAAGAGCGGCGUCAACGGCAACGACAGCAACAACACGAUCGCGGGCAAGACGAACGCACACGGCAACAGUGCUCGUCUCCAGAGCGUGAUCGGCAAGCAGAGCAGCUGCGUGCGCAAGAUGAGCACGAUGCCGGAGGAGGAGGAUGCCUCGGACGAUAUGGAUCCUGACGUGAUAAGGAUAGGGCAGCAGCAUUAUCAGCAUCAUCAUCAUCACGACGCCGAUUCGGAUUCACCGUCCGAGGAAAGGGGUCGUUUGCUAAGCACCACCGAGGCGACAGGUCGGAAGAUCACCAUUACCCCGGCCAGCUCGAGCAGCGUGCACUGCAACGGCGUGAAGAAAGGCAUCCCUCGGGACGACAGCAGCAACAGCAUCCACGAAAAAGCGUACUCGCGACUUCGGCAAUCGAAGUCAGGGGAUCAAGUCGGUCAACCGGAGACCAGACUGCAUCGCGACAUCCCACAGGGUAUACUUAGAUCCGUUCGGGGGAUCGACUCGCACGUUGGACGACAUCGUUGCUCCAGCGUGAGAUCGGUGAAGUCUAAUCCGACGAUGGAUGAACAUCAGCACCAGUAUCAUCUACCGGCGGCCAGCUGGGCAUCGAUCGUGUUUUCCGACGGAAACGGGCAAACCCACGUCCGACCGUUUCCCGAUUCCGUCUCUAUACGCUCUCUAGCAUCGAUCGGCAUGGGUUCUUCCAACGGCCGGAAGCUCACGAUACGUAGAGUUCUCACUUCGCCGUCGGAGCUGCUUAACAUGGUACAUCCGCCGCCAUCAUUCGAGGAUGACUUGUCCGUGUGUACCAGCUUCGACGACGCUGAAGAUGACGCUCAAGACCCCGGAGACUACAGGCAAUCGAGACGACCACACUGGGCCAACAAAGUGCAAUUUGUCCUUGCUUGUAUUGGUUACUCCGUUGGCCUCGGGAAUGUUUGGAGGUUUCCUUACCUGUGCUACAAAAGUGGCGGUGGUGUGUUCUUGAUACCCUACUUCUUAAUACUUAUAGUAUGUGGAGUACCGUUGUUGUACAUGGAACUUAGUAUUGGGCAAUUCACACGACGAGGACCGAUCGGUGCCAUUGGUCAAAUUUGUCCCUUGUUUAAAGGAGCUGGUUUAUCUUCGGUAGUAAUAUCAUUUUUGAUGUCGACCUACCACAAUGUGAUAAUAGCUUACGCCAUAUAUUACUUCUUUGCGGCGUUCAGGGCAAAGCAACCGUGGUCUGACUGCGACAACUCAUGGAACACUCUGGCAUGUUGGUUACCCAGUUACAGUACCAUCAAUAAUCGAACAAGACCAAAUGCAUCUAGAACACCGGCCGAGGAAUUCUUCGACAACAAAGUUCUCCAAAUCAGUAAUGGAAUUGAAGAGUCAGGGGCAUUAAGAUGGGAGCUCGUUGCUUGUCUGAUUACUGCCUGGAUUAUGGUAUAUUUCUCCGUUUGGAAGUCCAUAAAAUCGUCGGCACAAGUGAGAUACCUGACCGCGACUCUGCCAUUUCUUUUAAUCGUCGUCUUCCUCAUGCGGUCCCUUACCCUUGAAGGUGCUGACAAGGGUCUGCAAUUUUUCUUCCGCCCUCGUUGGGAGCUGCUCAGCGACGCGAAGGUUUGGAUCUACGCAACAGCUCAAAUUUUCAAUUCCGUGGGCAUAGCAUUUGGUUCAAUGAUAUGUUUCGCGAGCUACAACAAGUUCCACAACACCAUCCUAGUGGACAGCGUGGCUGUUUCUCUCAUAAACGCGUUCAGCAGCCUACUCGUCGGAAUAUUUUCAUUUGCGACCAUCGGCAACAUCGCUCUCGAACAAAAUAUGUCUGUCGAAGAUGUUUUAACAGAUGGACCUGGCCUCGUAUUCGUUGUUUACCCGCAAGCGUUAGCCAAGAUGCCAGCAUCGCAAGUGUGGGCCGUGUUAUUUUUCUUUAUGCUAGUCUGCCUUUCUUUGAAUAGUCAGUUCGCCAUAGUGGAAGUAGUCGUAACGUCGAUACAGGAUGGCUUUCCAAAAUGGGUGAAACGUCAUCUCGUGUGUCACGAAAUGUUAGUACUUUUAGUAUGCGUCAUAUCGUUUUUGUUUGGUCUACCCAAUAUCUCACAGGGUGGCAUUUACUUUUUCCAGUUAAUAGACCAUUAUGCUGCCUCGAUAUCGAUAAUGUUUUUAGCUUUCUCCGAAGUAAUCGCGAUAUCCUGGUGUUAUGGCGUUCGACGAUUGUGCAAUAACGUGAAAGAAAUGACUGGACGCGUUCCGUCCUCGUACUUCCGGUUUUGUUGGCUCAUCGCUGCACCUCUUCUUAUUAUGGCUGUGUGGGUAUUCAGCUUAAUUGAUUAUGAACCACCGACCUACCACAACGGCGAGUACAAGUACCCGUGGUGGGCAGAGGCGAUCGGCUGGGGAAUAGCUUCUCUUUCGCUCAUUUGCAUUCCCGCUUUCGCUAUCUACGAGUUCAUCAGAGCCAACGGCAACACUUGUGUCGAGAAAUUACGCAACUCUAUUAAGCCGCAUUUCGAAGCGUGCAAAAUUUGUGGCCAAGAAUACUGUAACGAGUCCAUGCACACAUUCGAGGAGGAUGUGAUGAAGGAGCAACAGGAUGCGAAUAGCCCGAUCCAAAUGAGCAUCAGUAAUCCCUUGUCGAAAACCUAGUCAUGACGUGAUAGGGGAUCACUCGGAAUUAUUCAGUACCUUGUAAAGCGUUCUUGGAGAUGAACCACGCGUUUAACUGAAAAUAUAGGUAGUAUUAAUACCGGUUAAUCUGUUUUUUCGUUAGCAUCAUUCCGUCAGCAUCGAUAUAUCGUGAGUUUACUAGUAAAUACCUGACGAGCGUACAAAAGCUGCCAAAGUCGAAAAUGAAUGUACCCAUGGUUACUAAAAUUCUCCAAUUCGUCAUUUUCCUUUGGCCUUUCCUUCGUUAAUCGUGCAAAAUAUUCGCGAGUGUGCUUUCGUGACAAUUCAAAGAAAAUUGAGGAUAUUCGUGAUGAACCAACGAUUAAGUAGAAAAGUACUGUUUUGCUCAAACCUACCAACAUCGUCAUACCCUAGCAAACAAGUGAAUUCACGAUAAGAUUAAAUAUAUUCUUUCACUUUUACCAGUAAAUUUGCGAUAUUAGUGUCAUCUCUCCCUCUCUCUCUUUUUAAUUAUUUAUUGGAAAAUUGGUUACGUAUACCUAAACGUAUAAUACUCUCAGUUCAUCGUAUGGUAAAUAUUUUGUGACCUGCACGUUCGCCAUUUUUAUUAAUCAAAAAGGGAAGGAAAAUUGUGACGCCAUAUUUAAGUGUUAUACUUCGGUUACAAAAAAGCGUUGUAUUGCAGAAAACCGAUGGAGAAUAACAAUUAGAAAUUGAUCCACGUUCAUGGAAACGUUCGAACGUGUUUCCUGUUUCUGCGUUUUAACAUUUAGUUGGAAAUAGGAAUUUUCUGAAACGUAACAUGUAAAAGGCUAAAUCGAUAUGGUUUAACGUGCCCGCGUCGGUCAUAAAAAUUUAUUUUAUAACAAAUACGUGCGACCUGGUAAACCGGAAGUAUCCGCAACCACUGCACGCACGUCCAAGUUUAUGAAUAAUUAAGGAAGAAUCAUGAUCGUACGAUUCGUGGGAAAUGCAUCGGCUGAUUUAUUUUUCAUGUUUCAACUGUGUUCCGGUGUUAUAUCUUUAAGAAUACUUUGUACACGAGUGAUUCUAAACAUUGAGUCAUUUUAUGAUUCCUUUUUAAGUAAAGCUAAAGACAAUUGGUAAAACAAAGUACCGUAUUCUUCUCGCAAAUCUCUGUAUCUUCCGCGUUAUUUUACUUCCAUUUAUUACACUCGAAAUAAUUUCAACAAUUGAAAUUGUUAACCGAAUACGUUGCUGCUAUUCGGUGUAAAUAAAGUGAACGAAGCAUGCGAUCUUAAAAUUUGUUUAUCUAUAGAUAAGAGACGUGUCAUCAUGCUAGAAACAUUUAUGACAAAUACGACCAAUUAAUUAUUGCGAUAUUAUUUUUUUACCCGUUCUUCUAUUUACUUAGAAAGAAAAGACUAUGCUCCACAGUGUUCAGAAUGACUCCAUAUUGUUACAUGACGUUGUAAAAAUGCAAUCCUUUAGUCACUUCGAUCAAACCAGCAACAAAUGUAAAAUACAAAAAAAAGUUAAUUAAAUAGUACACGCUGUCAUGUCGUUAGAUUUAGGAAGUAGAAAUUACACUUGUAAGAAACAGUUAGUUCCAACUAACUACGUAGGAAAUCAUUACUCUCCUUUUAUUUCAUUUCACCCGAAAAUAUUUGGUACUCCAUUACCUCUCAUAAUAAUUCGCAUUCGUCCGAAAGUUAAUCGAAAUAAAACACCGUUACUGUUGUUAUUCGUUCGUUAUUAUGAAAUGUAAGGAAAUAACGUUAUUCGACUCGACAUCGUUCACGAUAGAAGCGUACGUCGAUACACGAUAUCACAAUGCAAACACACCGAACGGAGGUAGGAUGGUAAUCGUUUAAACAAUAAUGAGUACAAAUGCUAACAUUUUCUCGUACUUGUACAUUUCAUUGGACAAGCAGCACCAAUGGAAGCGACUUUUAAGGGAAGACAACAAGGGGUGACUGCAUAAGCUUGUUAACAACGUGGCUGUACACGCGAUGAGAAUAAUUAUUGUCGAGCGUGAUACGUCGCGUACCGAAUAUCAGGAGACGAAAAAUUAGUGUACAAAAGCAAAUUGUCAAUUACAAAAAGCAGAUCGAGCACGUUAGUUUGUAAUUAUUCAGAAUUGUAAUAAAUUAUUAUAUUCUCAUAU